CCCAAACUAACUUCUUCAAGAAAAACAUCAUUUUGCUUCCUUUCUGUCCAAGCAAAUUUUCCCUCAUUCAUUCUCCUCUCCUUUCCCCUUCCUCACAAAUCACUUCCCUUCUUCAAUACCAAAUCAAAUUCCUUCUCAAUUUGAUUCUCUUCGGCCAUGUUUGCUUACAGGGUUUUGUCCCGUUCCUCUGCCAUCCUUUCUCGAAGCUUCACCCUUUUCUCUGUUUCACGAAAUUCCCAACCUUUCUCCACCACCCUGUCCAAUAACUUCCAUUCCCUCCUUCACCCAUCUCCCAACAAGCUGAUUCCGGUUCAAACCAAUUUUCUGAAUUCAUCAUUGACUUCGAGAUUCGGGUUUUCUUCAACGGCCUCGCAUGAGCAUGCAAGUGAAGAAGCAAAGGUAUCUGAUCAGUCUGAACAAGCUGAAGCUGCGGAUCAAACCAAAGAAUCAGAUGUAGAGAGUGAAUGUGAUCUGUCCAGGGAUGAUUUGAUAAAGCUUGUUGCUGAGAAGGAACAACUUUUGAAGUUGAAGCACAAGGAGAUUGAGAAAAUGCAGGAUAAAGUUCUGCGAACUUAUGCAGAGAUGGAGAAUGUCAUGGAUAGGACAAGACGUGAAGCAGAGAAUUCGAAAAAAUUUGCUAUACAGAAUUUUGCAAAGAGUUUACUAGACGUUGCUGAUAAUUUGGGAAGAGCUUCCUCAGUUGUAAAGGACAGCUUUUCAAAAAUUGAAUCUCCUGAGGAGUCUUCUGAAGCAGCACAACUCCUGAAAACACUUCUAGAAGGUGUUGAAAUGACAGAGAAACAACUUGCAGAGGUACUCAAAAAGUUUGGUGUGGAAAAAUUUGAUCCUACAAAUGAGCCAUUUGAUCCACACAUGCACAAUGCCAUCUUCCAAAUCCCUGAUGCUUCGAAGGCCCCUGGCACUGUUGGAGUUGUUCUGAAGGCAGGAUAUAAGCUCUAUGAUCGUGUUCUUCGUCCGGCAGAAGUUGGUGUAACUCAAGAAGGGGAGGAUAACAAAGCAGCUGAGUGAUGAUGAUGGUAUGAAGAAAUGCCUGAGCAGUGGUGGGUUCUUAGUGGAUAUCAUUCAAUGUCUUUUUGCAAUAUGCUUCUCCUCAACAUUAGUUUUGCUGGAUGGACUGUAUUUUGUCCUGCACGGAACGGACUAUUCUUUUCUCCUAUUAUUCGGAGUUUUCUUUUUUCUUUUCUUUUUCUUUUUAAUAAAAAAAUUACCAUAUAGUAUGAGCUUUAUUCCUUGGGAUUUUGGUCAUUAUAGUAACAUCUUUUGUAGUGGGACCUCUACAUACCCGCACUCAAUUCAGAAGAUCUAGUCUCUUUGUUUUUGAAAUCAUAAUUUCGUAUGCCUAAUGGAGAAAUUGCCUAGACUCAGUAAGAUUUGAAGAUA